GCACAGACUAUGUUCUAAAUACAUUUAUAAUACAUCCAUAUUAUGUACAAUCUCUUUUGUAGCGGGGUGUAUACGUUGUAUGGAGAUUAUCCAAUUAGAAGACGAAGUUGACAGAUUACAAAUUGAAAAUCGCGAACUUCAAACCCAUUGCGACGACUUACAGGCCCAAUUAUUACACAAUUCUGUGGAAUGUGGACGUAGUCUGUUGGGGAAUGGAAGUCAGCCUAGUUUGGCUGCAGAAUUGAAUGGAACGAAUAAUGGGGGAAUGGAUGAACAAAAAUUGUUGAAUAUUAUCAAAGAACAAGACAUUGAUAAUCAAAAAUUGAGAAAUUAUAUUAAUGGUAAGGUGGAAAGAGUUUUGGAUAGGGAAUUUGUUAGUUGAACCUCGUUUAUAAAAUACUACUUGGAAGAUGAACUGGUGUUGAAAAGCUGGGAUGCUUGGGGGGUUUUCAGACUUGGAACUGUAUAAUGAGGGAUCGUAGAGUAUCGUAU